CCGCCUGAGGAGGAGCCGCAGCACCCUGGGCCACGCCGAUGACUACUGCAAACUGUGGCACCCACGACGAGCUCGACUUUAAACUCGUCUUUGGCGAGGACGGGGCGCCGCCACCGCCGCCCCCGGUCUCGCGGCCUGCAGAUCUUGAGCCAGAUGAUUGUGCAUCCAUUUACAUCUUUAAUGUAGAUCCACCUCCAUCUACUUUAAACUCACCACUUUGCUUACCACAUCAUGGAUUACCGUCUCACUCUUCUGUUUUGUCAUCAUCGUUUCAGCUCCAAGGUCACAAAAACUAUGAAGGAACUUGUGAAAUUCCUGAAUCUAAAUACAGCCCAUUAGGUGGUCCCAAACCCUUUGAGUGCCCAAGUAUUCAAAUUACAUCCAUCUCUCCUAACUGUCAUCAAGAAAUUGAUACUCAUGAAGAUGACCUACACAUAAAUGACCCAGAAAGGGAAUAUUUGGAAAGGCCUUCUAGAGAUCAUCUCUAUCUUCCUCUUGAGCCAUCCUACCGGGAGUCUUCCCUUAGUCCUAGUCCUGCCAGCAGCAUCUCUUCUAGGAGCUGGUUCUCAGAUGCGUCUUCUUGUGAAUCUCUUUCACAUAUUUAUGAUGAUGUGGAUUCGGAGUUGAAUGAAGCUGCUGCCCGAUUUACUCUCGGAUCCCCUCUGACUUCUCCUGGUGGCUCGCCAGGAGGCUGCCCUGGAGAAGAGUCCUGGAAUCAACAGUAUGGACUUGGACACUCCUUGUCACCUAGGCAAUCUCCUUGCCACUCUCCUAGAUCUAGUGUCACUGAUGAGAAUUGGCUGAGCCCCAGGCCAGCCUCAGGACCCUCAUCAAGGCCUACUUCCCCUUGUGGGAAACGGCGGCACUCUAGUGCUGAGGUUUGUUAUGCUGGGUCCCUUUCGCCUCAUCACUCACCUGUUCCUUCUCCUGGUCACUCCCCCAGGGGAAGUGUAACAGAAGAUACCUGGCUCAAUGCUUCUGUCCAGGGUGGAUCAGGCCUUGGCCCUGCACUUUUUCCAUUUCAGUACUGUGUAGAGACUGAUAUUCCUCUGAAAACAAGGAAGACUUCUGAAGAUCAAGCUACCGUACUACCAGGAAAAUUAGAGCUCUGUUCAGAUGACCAAGGGAAUCUUUCACCAUCCCGGGAAACUUCAAUAGAUGAUGGCCUUGGAUCUCAGUAUCCUUUAAAGAAAGAUUCAUCUGGUGACCAAUUUCUUUCAGUUCCUUCACCCUUUACCUGGAGCAAACCAAAGCCUGGUCACACCCCUAUAUUUCGCACGUCUUCAUUACCUCCACUAGACUGGCCUUUACCAACUCAUUUUGGACAAUAUGAACUGAAAAUAGAAGUGCAACCUAAAACUCAUCAUCGAGCCCAUUAUGAAACUGAAGGUAGCCGAGGAGCAGUGAAAGCAUCUACUGGGGGACAUCCUGUUGUGAAGCUCCUGGGCUAUAGUGAAAAGCCGAUAAAUCUACAGAUGUUUAUUGGAACAGCAGAUGAUCGAUAUUUACGGCCUCAUGCAUUUUACCAGGUGCAUCGGAUCACUGGGAAGACAGUUGCUACUGCAAGCCAAGAGAUAAUAAUUGCCAGCACAAAGGUUCUGGAAAUUCCACUUCUUCCUGAAAACAAUAUGUCAGCGAGUAUUGACUGUGCAGGUAUUUUGAAACUCCGCAAUUCAGAUAUAGAACUUCGAAAAGGAGAAACUGAUAUUGGCAGAAAGAAUACUAGAGUACGACUUGUGUUUCGUGUACACAUCCCACAGCCCAAUGGAAAAGUCCUUUCUCUGCAGACAGCUUCUAUACCUGUUGAAUGCUCCCAGCGGUCUGCUCAAGAACUUCCUCAUAUUGAGAAGUACAGUAUCAACAGUUGUUCUGUAAAUGGAGGUCAUGAAAUGAUUGUUACUGGAUCUAAUUUUCUUCCAGAAUCCAAAAUCAUCUUUCUUGAAAAAGGACAAGAUGGACGACCUCAGUGGGAAGUAGAAGGGAAAAUAAUCAAAGAAAAAUGUCAAGGGGCUCACAUUGUCCUUGAAGUUCCUCCAUAUCAUAACCCAGCAGUUACAGCUGCAGUGCAGGUGCACUUUUAUCUUUGCAAUGGCAAGAGGAAAAAAAGCCAGUCUCAACGUUUUACUUACACACCAGUUUUGAUGAAGCAAGAACACAGAGAAGAGAUUGAUUUGUCUUCAGUUCCAUCAUUGCCUCAUCCUGUCCAGACCCAGAGGCCUUCUUCAGAUACAGGACACCUACAUGACAGUGUACUGUCUGCACAGAGAAGCUUGGUUUGUCCCAUCCAGCUAACAUAUGCAUCCAUGGUAACCUCAACCCAUCUGCCACAGUUGCAGUGUAGGGAUGAGAGUGCUGGUAAAGAACAGCAUAUGAUACCUUCUUCAGUUGUGCACCAGCCUUUUCAAGUCGCACCAACACCUCCUGUAGGGUCUUCCUAUCAGCCUAUGCAAACUAAUGUCGUAUUCAAUGGACCAACUUGUCUUCCUGUUAAUGCUGCCUCUAGUCAAGAAUUUGAUCCAGUUUUGUUUCAGCAGGAUGCAGCUCUUCCUAAUUUAAUAAAUCUUGGCUGUCAGCCACCAUCAUCCAUACCUUUUCAUUCUUCAAAUUCAGGCUCAACAGGACAUCUCUUAGCCCACACACCUCAUUCUGUGCAGACCUUGCCUCAUCUGCAGUCAAUGGGAUACUGUUGUUCAAACACAGGACAAAGAUCUCUUUCUUCUCCAGUGGCCGAUCAGGUUACAGGUCAGCCUUCCCCUCAGUUACAACCCAUUACGUAUGGUCCUGCACAUUCAGGGACUGCUACAACAGCUUCCCAAGCAACCUCUCAUCCCUUGGCCAGUUCACCACUUUCUGGGCCACCAUCUCCUCAGCUACAGCCUAUGCCUUACCAGUCUCCUAGCUCAGGAACUGCCUCAUCACAGUCUCUAGCCACCAGAAUGCAUUCUGGACAGCACUCAACUCAAGCACAAAGUACAGGCCAGGGAGGUCUUUCUGCACCUUCGUCCUUAUUAUGUCACAGUUUGUGCGAUCCAGCUUCAUUUCCACCUGAUGAGGCAACUGUGAACAUUAAACCUGAACCUGAAGAGCAGGAACCUAAUUUUUCUACAAUUGGUCUUCAGGACAUCACUUUAGAUGAUGACCAGUUUAUGUCUGACUUGGAACACCAGCCAUCAGGUUCAGCAGAGAAAUGGCCUAACCACAGUGAGCUCUCAUGUCCACCUCCUUUCUGGAGAAUCUAGAGGUGAACGAGGUAAUUGGGAGAGACAUGUCCCAGAUUUCUGUUUCCCAAGGAACAGGGGCGAGCAGGCAGGCUCCCCUCCCAGGUCCUGAUUCCCUGGAUUUAGGAAGAUCCGACGGGCUCUAACAGCGUUCACUGCAGCCUUGUGUCCACCAUCAUGUACUUCUCAGCAUGUUUCUCUCUUUGGACCUUGGGCUUCCAACUCUGCAACCUUCAGGAUGGAGCCAGGAGUUGGGAUCACCAUAUGUGGGGAAAGCAGCAUUCCUCCAACUCAGGCCUUGUGUAGAUUUUGUAAAAGAACAGGAGCAGCACAGGCUGUCUGAUCUUUGGGGAAAUGAGCUUUGCUUUUUAUAUUUAAAUAGGAUACUUUUAUAUGAUGGGUGCUUUGAGUGUGAAUGCAGCAGGCUCUCCAUUUCAGAGGUGCUGCUUUUGCAGGUGAUCUGGUUGCUUAGCUAGGAUUGGUGAUUUGUACUGCUUUAUUGUCAUUUGAAGGACUCUUUAGCUUUGAUAUUUUUAAAGUAGAAACUUUUGAUAAAACCUUCCAGAGGCAAACAUUAAAAAAAAAUUAUUCCCCCAAGCCCACACCUAUGCCUCGGAAACUCAGCAUGUGUCCUGAAGCCUUUCAUAGAUUCAUAGGAAGUAAAGCCAAAUGUAGCUCAUACCUCUUUAUAAAAGUAAACUGUUAGAUAAAAUGACACCAUUCCAAUCAUUGAAGUGUUGGAAUAUACAAUGACAUUCCAGAGCAUAGCAUUUUUGUAACUUUCUAGGUAAUCUUCCUGCAAUCUCUCCAUGCUGUCUCCAUGUUGAAAUUGCUUUUUUUCCUCAGGGCCUUGGGUAAGAUAACUACAUGUAAGGGAACUUUGAAAGGUGGGGUUUCUUAGCUUGGUAGCUUUAAUUUCCUGCCAUCCUACAUACAGGUAGACUGUGGAGUACUCUUCCCUUUUGUGUCCUCUGGUCCCAGACCUUUUCCAAGUGGAAGCAUCUGCAUUUGGCUGCCACAAUCUUGUGAUGAUUUGUUUAGGCAAAUUUGCUGCUUCUAGCUUCUCUAGAGGCCAGGCUGUGUCAGAAGCUAAGUACAAAUGAGCUAUGCUUCAAGACAGGAACAGAGAACAUUCAGGAUUCCAGAUGGGACGCAUUUAAGAUUUACACUGGCAUGGAAGGCUUUUCCCUCAUUCUGUUUACAGCCUAAAAUGAUUCUGGCCUACCCUCCCAUCUGCAUGGCCUAAAAAACAGCCUUUUUCUAAAAGGCUUUGAGGCAAUUCCAAAACUGAGAUAGCAUUCUAAACCUGACCCUCCACACCAAAGAUGUCCUGGUGGUGCUGCUGGUAAGGCUGGUGCCCAAGGCGGGGCCAGCAAGAAACUCCAGCCUGCUGUCUACCAAAGGAGGUGCCCGACUUGGGUGCUCUUUUCAAACCUUGCCCUUACCCCUCCCCUUAAUGGGAUUAGUUUCCUGUUCCAAGGCUUGGGCCUAUUUCAACACCCCUGAAGUUUGCAGUAUGUUUUCAAAUGAAAUGUACUUUUAUUCAGGAAGCAAAUUUUCUGAGUGCCUACAUGUGAGACAGUGUGCUGGGCUGGUCAAAGGCUUGAUGCUAUUAUUGCAGGGGAUUGUGGGUCCUAGAUGCCAGGACUGUCUACUGAGGCCAAGUGAGGCCUGGGUGGAGGGAGCCAGCUCAUUGCCUACCACCUCUAGUCAACCAGUUAGGAGCUAUUGAACCAGGAUGAGGAAGUAAGGUCCUUUUUUUUUUUUUUUUUUUUCCCUUUAAUCCAUGAUGUUUUAGAUUUCUCCCUAAAAUUAGUUAGAAAAAAAUGCUUGUACUUCAGCAAAUCACUCUAGUCCUUCUUGGAGCCUGGUGUUGUCACAUUUUCUUUGAAAGUGAGUUUUGUGUCACAGUGUGGAUAGUGAGAUUUGCUUCAGGGCCUGUGGUUGGAAGCCCAGAGUUUCCUUUGGAGGGUUUGCGGUGGCUGGCCGCCUUUAGAUGAAGUUCCAGAGAGUUGGCCAGACUUGCCUCCACCCUCUUGUCCCUGGUGUAGCUGCCUCACAUGGGGUUCUUGCAAGAGCUUCCCUUGCAAGACCCUUUGGGGGUUGCUCUGCUGCCCUCAAGAAUAAAAGCCUCUAUGAUACAGAGUUGCUAUGCACCAAAUUUUGAUGCCUUUUAAAUACCUUGAUGCCUGUAGCACUAGAAAUGCUCUUUCCUAUUUAAAAUAAAAAUUAAAUUUUAAAAUAGAGCUUUGUAUACUAUGUAAGCAGUUUUGUAUCAGCUUUGUAAAAGCUUUGGUGUAAAAGACAGUAUUUUUUGGUUUUGUAGAUAAAUACCUUAAUUUUUGUGCAACAUAGUGGUGUUACAGCACACAUCCAUUGGACUAUGCAAAUUGAUUUCUAGUAACAGCACUGAGCAACUGGGCAUGUGCUAGGACCCACCCCUUCCCCCUCCAACCCAUGCUAUAUCUUGGGUUGAGGAAUGGGAUGAGCAGCCUUCUGCUUACUGGAGAUGCACAGAGAAACGUGGCUGAAAACAGCUAGGAACAGAUGUUUUUGGGUUCAAGUGUGGUGCUGCUGCCCGGGGUGCAACCCACCCCUGCCCAGGGUUAGCCACUAUCACCAGAGCUCUGCUGAGUCUGGCUGUAAAGCCCUGUUUUUGAUAAUCAGAACAGAUGGUCAUCUGUAAGGUUCAGAUGGGUUCAAGUUGAAACCUUGUAUUUUAUAAAAUGGAUGAUGUUCAAUUAAGGAACUGAUUCUCAGUUAUGUUUACAGCACUUGACAUUGUGUUUUCUUGUACAUUUUGUAUUUUAAAACCUUUUAUAGGAGUACAGUGCUCCUUACACAAAUACAAAGGGAAGAAGAGCCAGCAAUUCAGGCUCCUCAGUUACAGUGCUGAAAUAAUAAACGGUGACAGGUCAACAGUC